GCCUCAGGUGAAAUUACCGUUCGCCGCCUCGCUGCUCCCCGAAUCCUCCUCCUCCCUCCUCCGCCGAAACGGCGCCGCUCGCCUGAAGCGAACGCGCGGCGCGCGCGCGCGCGUGGCGGCGUGCGGAGCGCACAACUCGUGCUUGGCGGGCGGCGAGAAACCCUAGGGGCGAUAGGAAGGAUGGUACUGGCUGUGGCGGCGGCGGCGGCGGCGGCGCCAUGAUGAGGGGCUUAGGGCCGGCUGCGGCGGCGGCGCUCGGAGGCCGCUCGGCGGCGAGGUGGUGCACGUACCGGCGCGUCACAGUCGCCGUAUGCCUGGGGAACCUCGUCGCCGUGCUGCUCGUGGUCCGCUCGCUCUACUCCGCCCCCGGCUACUUCGCCUCCGCGCCCAGACGCGUGGCGGUGAAGUAUUCGGAGGAGCAGAUUAGGCUGGUCGAGGAGUCCAUCCGGAUUCGCCGCGCAGCCGUGUCCGUCGAGCUCGUGGAAGCUGUGAAAAAGCUGGAGAAGGUGUUCGCUAGGGAGGAGAAGAGACGGAAGGAGUUGCCGCUCGAGCUGAAGCAGAAGGUUUCCUAUGAGAUUUUAGAGAGGAUGCGUGAUUUGGGGGAGAACAGCAACACGACCGAACAACGAGAAGCUUUAGAGUCCUGGCGUUUAGAGAAGCUGAAAGACAUCAGAAGUGCAUCUGCUCAGAAUUUGUCGAUGUCAGACCUCUCUAAUGAGGAAUCAAGGAUGUUAAAACGAGCAUUGGAGUUAAAUUGGCGAAUGCUAAUGGACGACAUUGGCCUUUGGAUACCUGUUAGUGUAUGGCAUACUGAACAUGAUGACAAGCCUGAGAAUGAACCAGAAGAAGAAGAGAUAAUAGCAGGUCCACCUUUACCCCCAGAAUGCAAUGCUCAAGUACAUACCGAUUACGGUGGUGCUGCUGUUCGAUGGGGCUUAACACAUCAUAAAGAAAGUGCAGCUGAUUGCUGUCAAGCUUGUCUUGAUCAGGCUAAAAGGGCCAGACCAGGGGCAUUAAAGUGCAAUAUAUGGGUUUACUGUCCAUCAGAGUAUGGAUGCUACUCGCCAGAUAAAUAUGAACACAAACAUCAAGAGUGCUGGUUGAAACAGGCUGAUCACCCUAAAUUGAACUUCAAAGACAGGUAUUCUGAGUCGUACAGGGAUGCUCAUCCAUCUGCUCCCGUUGUUGUGCCAUGGAUGUCAGGUGUCAUCACUGUAUGAGCUGCCUACAGGCUAUCUAGUAUCUACUGCCUGCAGGAGACAGGAACUCCGUUCGGAUGUGCAACGCCACAUCAAAUUUGGUACAGUUCCACGAACUCAUAUACCAAUUUUCAAAAUUCUUCUUGGCUUUUGUAGUCUUUAGAUUAGUCUAGACGGUUAGCUAGAGUUCAUGUGAGAUAGCUGGUGUAUUUUUUGGAUGGACGGUUGGUGGCGAACUCUUUUUCGAAGAAGAAAAAGUAGAAAAAGUAGAAAAAGAGUACAAAUGAUUCAAGUUGAAAUCAUUGUGUUUGCCUGCCCGGUACUUAUGUUACAGCUGUGUUGAUGCGCUGGGUGAUGGUGGUGACAAAUUUUGGCACUCCACUACUCCAAUAGUCCAAUUUGAUUUGAAUAGUGUUUUAAA